CACGGCGCCGCCUGGUGGUCACCCCGCGAUACACCCGGCGAUAAGUGACACUCUGGGAGGGGAAGCAGAACAAACUGUAAGCCGCUGGCCGGGGGGAUCCAUCUUGCUGGAGAAAACAGAAACGAGGGUGAAGCAUUCCUGCCCAGUCGAGCGUCCCACAAACGGUCUCGGUGUCCCCGUCGAACGCGCUGGGGAGCCCGCGGAGGGGCUGCUUCGCUGCCUGGAGGAUGUCCCGACAUGAGGGUGUGAGCUGUGACGCGUGUUUGAAAGGGAACUUUCGAGGACGCCGGUUCAAGUGUUUGAUUUGCUACGACUACGACCUGUGCGCGUCGUGCUACGAGAGCGGAGCCACCACAACGAGACACACCACAGAGCACCCCAUGCAGUGUAUAUUAACCAGGGUAGACUAUGACUUGUAUUAUGGAGGAGACACUUUUUCAGUAGAGCAACCGCAGUCGUUCACGUGUCCUUACUGUGGCAAGAUGGGCUACACGGAGACGUCCCUACAGGAGCAUGUCACCUCAGAGCAUGCGGAGACUUCCACAGAGGUGAUCUGUCCAAUAUGUGCUGCCUUGCCAGGAGGUGACCCGAACCACGUCACAGAUGACUUCACAGCUCACCUCACACUCGAACACAGAGCGCCAAGAGAUUUAGAUGAGUCCAGCAGUGUUCGACAUGUACGCCGGAUGUUCCACCCUGGCAGAGGACUGGGUGGUCCCAGAGCACGACGCACAAAUAUGCACUUUACCAGUGGCUCCACAGGAGGACUAUCAUCCUCCUCAUCACAGAGCUCCACAUACACCCCCAGUAACAGAGAGGCAAUGGACCCCAUCGCAGAGUUGUUGUCCCAGCUGUCAGGUGUGCGGCGUGCGGCAGGGGGGCAAAUCAACUCGUCGGGGCCUUCGGCCUCCCAGCUCCAGCAGCUUCAGAUGCAGCUGCAGUUGGAGCGGCAGCAGGCGCAGGCGGCGCGGCAGCAAGUGGAGACGGGCCGCCACCCGACACGACGCAGCAACAACCCGGGCAACAGUGGCUCCACCAUCCCUCCACCCAGCACAGCAACUGCCAAUUCUGCCGCAGUGGGUGAAAACAAUCCUUCGUCCUCGUCCCAUAGCUCCCAGUUCCUAUUAUCACGGUUGAAUGAACCUAAGAUGUCCGAAGCGGAGCGGCAGUUUCUAGAAGGAGAGCGCGCGGACCGCAGCCUGUUCGUGCAGGAGCUGCUGCUGUCGACGCUGAUGCACGAGGAGAGCUCCUCUUCUGACGAGGAAGAGCGCCGAGACUUCGCCGACUUCGGGGCCAUGGGCUGCGUGGAUAUCAUGCCUUUAGAUGUGGCGCUGGAGAACCUCCAGCUCAGAGAGCGCAGCUUCGCGGGGAGGGAGCCUCCGCCGCCUCCUCUUUGAUGUCCGAGCAUCAAGCAGACUGUGUCCUCUCUGCUGCAACUGUCAGUGAUGGACAGCAAAACAGCGGCAGUCCUCCCCCCCCGUCCCCCUGGCCUCACCCUUCUUUCUCCCUCUUUAUUUUCUGAGUUUGUUUUUUGGUGAUUGUAAUUUCAGGCCUGUCACCAUUUUUGUUACAUUGUAAACAAGAAUAAAUGAGAGCAAGUGGGAUAAAUGUACGAGCGCGCAAUAGCAACUGAGUGGGCAAGCGAGAGGAGAGAAAUAUAUAAAUAUAUAUAUAAAUAUAUAAAAUAUAUAUAUACAUGAAGUUGAUAAUCAAUCCACAUAACUUUUCUUUUUCAGGUAAAUGUCACAGGCAGCUGUGGCAGACCUUUGCUUCCUGUGACAUGCAAACAAACGGCUCUCCGUAAAAAAAAUUCUCCACAUUCAUAAGUCAAGAGAGCAUAGGCUCCUCUGGUGAAGCUGCUGUGUGUGUGUGUUAAUGACUAUUAAUAAAUAAAAAGUGCUUGGAUGGGUUACCAUAACUACUGCAUGCAGUUAUUUGCAGCGUGCAUGACUUUUAAUGACCCUGUCAUUAAAACUUUUCUUAUUUUAUUUUUAAUAUCCCAAAGCUUUCAACUGUUUUUAAAUGGUUACUUUAAACAUGGUUAAGUAUUGAAAAUUGAGUAGUUUACAAAAGUGACAUGCAGAAAUUUAACUCUUUAUAUACUGUGUGUUGUUUCAAAGGUUUUCUUUGAAUGAGUAUAUAUAUAUAUAUAUAUAUAUCUCAUGGAGAUAACAAUUGGAUUGAAUCGGAUUCUUGAAGAAAAGCUGUACUGUGUGUGUCUCAGCUCCCGUUUGCCUUUUCUCUGUGACCGAUGUCUGGAUACGUCGGCGGCCGCAGAGCGACGACUACACGCAUCAGAUGAGAACGAGGAAGAGGAGAAAAGCGACCUCGCCUCUGAAAAAUGUUCCUAGAUGUUAAUAUUUAGUGAUAAGCUGUUUAGGUACAGUAUUACUUUAUAAUUUAUAGACGAGUACCAACGCCCAGCGAUCCAUUCUUCCUUUCACAGUUUUUCUGACAGUCUCUCUGCUUAUGUCCAGUGUCAGAUUCCGCCUAAUGCUUUAGAUGCUUCAACUAAUUUCUUUGUUGGGUAACAGGAGCUUGAGACUUUCCGCACUGCAGUUUGAUUUUUGUUUGUUUGUUUUUUCAAGAGAAAUCAUUUUUUCUGCUAGGGUUAGCACUUUCUAUUUAUUCAUGUUUGUUUUCUGACUCUUCUGGAGCCUUGAUAUGAAUCAUGCCACCUUCAUGCCUAUACUUUUACCCUCUAUGUAAAAUACUAAGAGAUGUAUAUUGAAUUUGUGCGUUAAAUUUCAUAAUGGUUCUAAGACAUGGGCAGACUUUUUUUUAAGGUGUAAAUUUAGAAUACAAUAAAUAUAAACUGCGCACAGCUUUUGAUGAAACUGA